CGCAACAGGGGACGGGGAAGGGAGAGUCAGUCCUCUGUGCCCGAGGAGCGAUUAAAACCCGCUUUUUAAAACAGAAAACAACAGCGCAAACAUCAAGUAUGUACAGCUCCACUUCGAAACUGGCCACCAUGGGCCAGAGGAGCAACUCGCGACCGGAUUUGGCGAGCGCGAGCUUCAGAAACGACCCGUUCGUCGGCGGCUUCCAGGGGGAUUACCAAGAAGGAGACGGCGGAGGGUACACCUACACCACCUUCUCCAGGUCCUCCAUGCACGGCGGGGUCCCAGGACAGAAAAUACUCGUUAGCAUGGGUGGGGGCGGAGGUGGCGGAGUGAGUGUGCAGGCUAUUCAGCAGAGGUCUUUGUUCCUGUCAAGCCAGUGUCAAGAGUACCUGCAGCGAGCGAAGAUGAUUCUCCACAGUGGGGGUCCGGCCAUGGAGGCAGACAAGCUGUUGAUCAUGGCUGCAGAAACCAUGGAUCAGAUGAAGCUCUGUGGCAGAGAGCUGCAGCAAAUGCGUGUACAUACUGACAUCUUCAGAACUUUAGAGCAGUUCCAGCACAUGCAUGCCGGGAUUCAACAGCAAUUACUCGGUGGUAUAAACAAAAGAGCCAACAGGGGCAGCGUGGGCUCCCUGGAUGGGGGCAGGUUCUUUAACGAUGCCAUGGCCUGGAUUGGCCAACAGAAGCGCAUGAUUGAGACAGCUCCAUGGGGAGAUGACUCCACCACCAUAGAAAAGCAAAUCAUGAGCCACAACAAAAUCCACAGCUCUCUCCAGAGGAGCCAGGAAGUAGACCGUGCCAGAGAUGAACUGAACUCUAAAGGCGACAGGUACAACCUCUCCAUCCUGGAUCAAGAAUGGGACAGUCUGCAGAAAAUGUCCCACAGCCGCGUGAGUCAGCUGCGUGAGCUUCAGAGCAUCAUCGAGGAGAUCUCCCGAGCCAUCAUGUGGGUGAAUGAGAGGGAGGAGGAGGAGCUCGUGUUUGACUGGGGAGACAAGAACAUCGACCAGUACAUCCCCAGAAAGCAGGAGAGCUACUCAGGCAUGAUGAGGGACCUGGAGGAGAAAGAGAAGGAGCUGAACAAGCUGAAGGUGAAAGCAGAUGGACUUGUGAACAACAACCAUCCUGCCUCAGAUAAGAUUCAAGCCUACAUGGACACCUUGCAGACCCAGUGGAGCUGGCUUCUCCAGAUCACCAAGUGUAUCCAUGUUCAUUUGAAGGAGAAUGCUGCCUACAGCCAAUUUUUCAAGGAGGCCAAUGAGACGUAUACGAAGCUGCAGAAGGAGCACGAAACUAUCCGCAGCAAGUUCACCUGCGACAAGAGCACCCCACUGGAAAACCUCACUGAGCUCCUGAGAAAUCUGGAGAGAGAGAAGGAGCGAAUCGUGGAGAAUAAGAGGCAGGUCCAAAGUCUGGUCAACAAAUCUAAAACCAUCGUCAGGCUGAAACCUCGCAACCCAGAGGAGAAGAGCAGCAGCCCCGUCAUGGUCAAGGCCUUAUGUGACUUUAAACAAGACCAGAAAGGAAUUUUUAAAGGGAAUGAGGGCAUCCUGAAGGAUAACUCGCAGCGCAGCAAGUGGCUUGUGACGGGACCUGGGGGUCUGGACAUGCUGAUUCCCUCUGUGUGUCUGCUGAUCCCCCCACCAAACCCGCUCAGUGUCGGCCUUGCCACCAAGAAUGAGCAGUAUUACGAAGCCAUCAUGAGCAUCUGGAACCAGCUCUACAUCAACAUCAAGAGUCUCAUCUCGUGGCAGUAUUGCCUCAAAGACAUCAAUUACAUCAACUCCCUCACGCUCAGCAUGCUGUCUAAGAUGCGUCCUGAGGAGUACCGCAGUAUCAUCAAAAGACUGGAAACUCACUACCAAGAGUUCCAGCGUAACAGCCAAGGUUCUGAGCUGUUUGGGGAAGAGGACAAGAAAAUCAUCCAGGGCCACUUUGAUAAAGCCCAGAACCACUACGACACGCUGAUUAUCCAGCUGCCUGCUUACACAACCAGUACUGAAGAGGUUAAGCCUGAGCCCCCAUCCAAGCCUCUGACUUCCAAGCCACCCACUUCUACCCUCAGCCUUAACCUGCUCAGUAGUCUGCAGGAAAUUCGACGCAGGCUGGAGCUGGCUGAGUCUGGUCUCACCAGUCAUCUCCAUGUUCCCCUGGGGGAAAACAGUGUGUACGAGUGCUCGGUGCUCAUCCAGAGGCUGCAGACCGUGCACCAAGAGUUGGACUCCAUUCAUGAUGAGUACCUGCGACUAAGAGAAAAGAUAAUAAAGCAGCUGGAAGGGAUACCUCCAGACUCCGAGCAAGCCAGGUUCCUCCACUCUGAACUGGAAAUCAUCAACCAAAAACUGGGAGGCCUGCAGGGUCUCUACUCAGCCUAUACUCACAGGCUGUCAGCUCUCCAUGGUUUGCUUCAGAGCCUCAUGCAGGCUGAAGACAUCAUUAAAGUCCACGAGGCUCGCCUGACAGAGAAGGAGACCUCCUCUCUGGACCUUCGAGAGUUGCAAAACUAUCGGAGCACACUUAAGCAAAUGAAAAUUGAGCUGGAGCAAAAAAGAGACCUGCUAACGGCUAUGGAGUCGGACUUGGCUAAAGCAGUGCAGUGGAAUGGUCAAAUCUCUGAGCCCUUCCACAAGUGUGACAUUGACUUGUCCAAGUACUCAGAGCUGGUGGGUCAGAUGUCUGAUCGCUGGCGCCGCAUUCAAACCCAGAUUGAUAGCAGAGUGUGGGACUUGGAGAAGCAGGAGAAACAGCUGAAUCAUUAUCAGCAGACCAGCACCUCCCUGGAACAGUGGAUAGACAAUGCCAGGAAGCGUCAGGACGUGCUUCAGACGGCUAGGCUCAGUGACAUCCAGACUCUAAUGGAUCACCUCAACCAACAGAGGGCUCUUCACACUGAAAUUAAAGGAAAGCAGGAGACAGUAGAGGAUGUGCAGAAAGAGGCAAACACCUGCGCCGCCUCCAUAAAGGACUAUGAGCUGCAGCUGGCUUCCUACAGCUCAGGCCUGGAAACUCUGCUUAACAUUCCUAUCACGAGAACAAUGCUUCAGUCCCCCGCUUCUGUGAUCAGACAAGAGGCGGCUGACCUCCAGUCCCGCUACAUUGAGCUACUUACCCGCUCUAGUGACUACUACAAGUUCCUAGGGGAGCUGCUGAAGAACAUGGAAGAGCUUAAGAUCAGGAACACCAAGAUUGAGAUGCUGGAGGAGGAACUGAGGCGUCUAAAGGAGGACAUCCAUGAUCGCAACCAGAAAAAUAAAAGUCUGGAGGAUGAGUUGGCUCGCUGCAAGUUUGAGCUUUCGCAAUCGAAGGACCAGCUCCUUUCGAUGGAGGAAGUGAAAAGAACCACAGUGAUGCAAGUUAACGCUACAAAGGAGAGCCUGGACAGCACACACAACCAGCUUCAAGAUCUUAAUGACCAGCUGACGCGUGUAAAAUACCAGCUGGAUGAGGAAAAGAGGAAAAGAAGGUUGGCAGAGGAACGCUACAACAGCCAGCAAGAAGAGUAUGAGGCGGCUGUUCGUCGCAGACAGAAGGAACUGGAAGAACUCAACUGGACCAAGAUUGACUUGGAAAAGGCAGUGAAGGACAAGGAACGUGAACUGGAGAGGAUGAAGAUACAGCUAGAGGAGGAAGCCACACGUCGACGAAAUGCUGAAGCAGAGAUCUCAAAGGUAAGAACACAGUGCAACCAGGAGGUUAAUCAACUUAAGCAGACAUAUGAAACAGAGAUCCAUGUUACCAAGACCACGAUCCUGAAGGCCUCACAACAGAAGGAAGAGGAUGUGGCAGAACUGCGCCUGCAAGUUGACAGACUCACUGCUGAGAAGAGAGAUAUGGAGGACGAGCUGAGGAGACUGAGGCAGUCCAUUGCUCACACAGAAGAGCAGAGAAGCAGAGCAGAGCAGGAGGCCAGCCAGCAGAGGGCCUCAGUGACACAAGAGACAAGGAUGCGCAGUGAGCUGGAGGUUCAGCUGAGAACACUUGUGCAGCAGAGAGGAGACGAUGAGCUCAAACUAAAAGAGGCCACCAAAAACAAUCAGGAAAUGUCCCGGCAAAUCAGCAAGCUAACAUUUAACCUGGAGGAGGGGGAGAAGAAGAGGAGAGCUCUGGAACUGGAAAUUAGUCAUCUGAAGCAGGUUGAGGCAGAGCUCAAGUCAAAGAACACCUCCUAUCUGGAAGCAGUUAACAAGCUGAAAGUGUCUGAGCAGGAGAUCCGCAUCACCCGAGUAGAGCUGGAGAAGCAGACCAGUGAGAAAACCAAGGCUGAGCAGGGUUCUUCCAGGCUGCAGAGCCGCAUCCGGGACCUUCAGUGCUCUCUGGAUGGGAUGGAAGCUGAGUUGGAGAAGCAAAAGAAGGCAACCCAGGAGGAGUUCACACGUAGAAAGAGAAUAGAGGCAGAGUUGGAGAGAAUGACACAUACUUGCAGAGAGCACACCACCACAAUUAACACACUUAAAUCUGUCCAAGUAGAGGUUUCCAGCUAUGGAAAGAAGUAUGAGCAGGACAUCAGUGCCCUCCAGGAGGCUCUGGACAAGAGCCUGAGGGAGCAUAAAGUCACCAAGCAGGAACUGGCAGCUGUCACAGCUGAGCUGAGGGCACUUAAAGCGAAGCUCCAGCAGGAGCAGGCUCGAAUUCUUGAGCUCAACCAACGUAACGAGAGCCUGUAUAAGACCAUUGAGGAGAAGAGCCGCCAACUUAACGAGUACACCAAUGAGAUCGAAAAGCUGAAGACUCUGACACAAAACCUGACAAAGGAGAGACUGAGGUUGGAGGAGGAGCUGAGGGCAGUGAGACAGGAGAGAGAUAACCUGAAUCUUAGCAAGAACGCUAUUGAUGAAGAAAGUGCCACUCAGAUCUCAUCCUUGCAUGUCCAGCUUCAGAGUAGCAACAAGAGGACAGCGGAGCUCCAGGCUCUCAUCAGUGACCUCACCAAGGAGAGGGAAAAGCUUAAUUUGGAAAUAGACAAAUUCCAAAAGCAAUCGAUUGAGACAUCCAUGAUGGCACAAGAGUCCCAAAGCCAGUACAGUGACCUGCUGAUGGAAAGGGACAGUUUGCUAACCAAGCUUAAACUGCUGGAGCAGGACAAGACCCGACAUCAGCGCCUAGAAGACGAGUUCACCCGCAUCAAGCUCUCACUCGAGGCCGAGCUCCGCAACAAACAGCGGCUGCAGGAUGAAAAGGAUACCAUCCUCAAAGACUUCAACUACAUGAAGAGCCAGUACGAGCUGCGUGACUCCAAGAUUAGGCAGUGUGAAUCAGAUAGAGACAAGGCUGAUCGAGAGAAGCUCUCCCUGAAGAGUGAGAUCGAGAAGCUCAUGAGGGAGCUAAAGAGUGUAGAGGAGAGGUACAAGAGUCGUCUGUUGAUCUCUGAAAAGGAGGCAUCAGACCUGGCUCUCAAGAGAGAUGCCCUUGAAAGAGAAAUACAGAGGCUGCGGCAGAAACCCAGCUGUAUGUGCAGGCAGACCCAGACAGAUGAGAAGGUCCCAUCAAUCGAUCCAUCCAAGCUGAUAUUUGAUGGGGUGCGCCGCAAAGUCACAGCCCACCAGCUAUGUGACUGUGGUAUAAUCAGUAAAGCCACUCUAGAACAGCUCCUAAAGGGAAGAAAGACAGUGGAUGAGGUAGCUUUGGACAUCCAGCUUAGUCUAAAGGGUACUGGCAUCAUUGCUGGCAUGAUGACAGAUUCUCAAGGGAAAAUGCCAUUCACUGAAGCCAAAAACAAGAAACUUCUCAGCUCAGAGAGUGCCCUCAUGCUCCUAGAAGCUCAAGCAGCAACAGGCUACAUGGUGGACCCCACAUUUAAUGAGAAGAUGCCUGUGGAUACUGCCUGUUCAAGGGGGAUUGUAGACACAGAAGACAGGGACGCGUUGGUGACAGCCGAAGCAGCUAGUACAGGCUUCAAAGAUCCAUACACUGGCAAAGUGUUAUCUGUGGGUCAGGCUUGCAAACAGGGCCGUAUAGACAAAGACACAGCCAUCCGCUUGCUCCAGGCUCAGGAGUCUGUUGGAGGCAUAUUGGACCCCGUUCUGAGUGUGUUCCUUCCAAAAGAUCUGGCCUUGGAUCGCAAUCUCAUUGAUGAGGAGCUUUACAGGGCUCUGAACAAAAAACCCGCCUGCUACCUGGAUCCAGCAACAGGAGAGAAGAUAAGCUACACUGACCUCAGAAAGAAGUGUACCGUGGAACCAGUUGCUGGCUUGCUUCUGCUUCGUGGUCCAGAAAAUCCCAUGACAGUGAAGGGUAUCCGUGGUCAAGUCUCUGUUGCAGAGCUCAUCGAUUCUGAACUGUUAGAUGAAACUGAUUUGCAGAAACUCAGCCAGGGCAAGCUCACCACCAGAGAAAUUGAAGACAAGCUUAAGUCCUAUCUCUAUGGCAGCACCUGUAUUGCGGGGAUCUAUGAUGAGGUCAACGAUCGAGUACUGCCUUUCUAUCAGGCAUUAAAGGAAGGUCUGCUCAUGAGAGGAACCACCCUGGAGCUUCUUGAGGCCCAAGCUGCUUCUGGCUUCAUUGUUGAUCCAGUCAACAAUGUCUUCUUGACGGUAGAAGAGGCUACAAAGAGGGGCCUGAUAGGAAAGGAGUUUAAGAAUAAGCUGUUGUCGGCAGAGAAGGCAGUAACUGGAUACAAAGAUCCAGCCACAGGAAACACAAUCUCCCUCUUCCAGGCUAUUGAGAAAGAUCUUAUUGAGAAAGGUCAUGGAAUCCGUCUUCUUGAGGCCCAAAUUGCCAGCGGUGGGAUUAUUGACCCCAAAGAGAGCCACCGUAUUGAUGUCGCUGUUGCCUAUAAAAGGGGAUAUUUUGAUGAGGAGAUGAAUGAGAUCCUAUCUUAUGAAGGAGAUGACACAAAAGGAUUCUUUGACCCAAAUACUAAGGAGAACCUGACAUAUCUUCAGCUGAAGGACAGGUGCAUCACAGAUAGCAAAACAGGCCUAAUACUCCUGCCACUCACUGACAAGAAGAAGCCCCAGAAGUCGGAGGAGAGCCGUACCAAUGUCCUUCGCAAGAGGCGGGUUGUGAUCGUUGACCCAGACACUGGGCUGGAGAUGUCAGUGAGGGAGGCCUAUCACCGGGAGCUAAUUGACUUUGACACUUUCCUGGACUUGUCAGAGCAGGAGUGUGAGUGGGAGGAAAUAACUAUCAAGGGGUCUGAUGGCUCUGCACGUUUGGUGAUAGUAGAUAGAAAAACAGGAACCCAGUAUGACAUAAAGGACUGCCUGGAUCAUGGUAUCAUUGACCAGAAGUCUCUAGAUCAGUAUCGUGCUGGAAAGCUAACCUUGACCCAACUUGCUGACCAAAUUACAAAAAGAACCAGCAGCACUGAGAUGACCAUUGCAGCCAGCAAUGUUGAUGACAUGGUCACCUGCAGCAGUCCCACCUUUGCCGCACCAUCUUCUCCUACUGUCCGUAAACGCUUCAGCAGUAUUUCUAUUACUGUUUCUCCCCCUGAGAUGUUUGAUGACCAGAGCCCUGUGGCUGCUAUAUUUGACACAGAGACCUUGGAGAAAAUAACUAUUGCUGAAGGGCUCCGAAGAGGCAUAGUUGACACUCUUACGGCACAGAGACUGCUGGAGGCCCAGGCAUGCACAGGUGGUAUUAUCAACCCUGCCACUGGUGAGAGACUGUUGCUGCAGGAAGCUGUCCAUCAGGGAAUCAUUGACGAAAGCAUGGCCACUAAACUGAAAGCUAGCCAGAAAGCCUUUCUUGGUUUUGAGGAUGUGAAGACUAAAAGAAAGAUGUCUGCAGCAGAGGCAGUGAAGGAGAUGUGGCUGCCUUAUGAAGCUGGCCAUAGAUUUUUAGAGUUUCAGUACCUGACAGGUGGCCUGAUAGAGCCUGGGACUGGACGUCGCAUCUCAAUUGAAGAGGCUAUCCGCAAAGGAUGGCUAGAUGGUCAGGGAGCCCAGAAGCUUCAGGAUGCAAGGAACCACAAGAAGAAUCUGACCUGUCCGAAAACAAAACUGAAGAUCUCCUACAAGGAAGCCAUGGACAGCUGCAUGGUGGAGGAAAGCAAUGGUAUGAAGAUGCUGCAGGCCUCCUCAAUUUCCUCCAAGGGAAUCAGCAGCCCUUACAAUGUCUCUAACCCAGGAUCUCGCUCUGGCUCCAGGGCUGGUUCCCUUGCUGGCUCCAGGAGUGGAUCUCGUAGAGGCAGUGUGGAUUACUCCUCUACCUACAGCUACAGCUUCUCCUCCAGCAGUACCACCUAUGGCUCCAAUAGUCACUCUUAAUACACAGCAUAGAAAAAUAAUGAAACUAGACUAGUUAUCACCAGCAAUUUCUAUGCAGUUUACUUUUUUAAUUAUUUUUCUGCUACCUUUGAUUCUGAAUUCAUUUAGUACAACUGUUUGUUAAAUGUUUGUAGUUUUUGGUGAGUUGGUGUUUCAAUAUUAAACUUAAUGCAGCGUAUGAUUAAUUAUCUUAUUGUAACGCAUAAAUGUUGAAUGAAUAUAUUUGUCAUAGCUUAUUUUAAUAUAAGGCUUUUUUUAGAAUUUGACAAAUAUGCUUGUUGACCUCAGCUUUAGCGUGCAGUCAGAAUUAAUUUAGCUAUUUUUUAUUCUUUGUUUUUUGCAGCUUGACUUAUGUAUGUUUUAUUUUUUAGAAAAAGAAAACAUUUGUUGUCAAUUGAAAAUGCUGAGGUUUAGCUUGAAAUAUUGACUUGACGAAGUGAUAAUGAUCGACUAUGAAAAUUCUUUUUAACUACAAUGUUAUUCACAAUUGAUUCAAAAUAAAAUUGUCAUAACAAAUUUGA